UUUUGAACAAGUGUUGUAGUACUUUACAGUGUGUGUGUGUGUGUGUGUGUGUGUGAAGUUUGUCCACUAAUGGACAUAAAUAAAUGGCAUUCUGCAUUGGUAGGUGUCCCGCAGCUCUUGAUGAACUCUGAGUGCCAACUUUCACACUGCUUGCGCAAGAAGUCUACUUUAAUAAAUGACAUCCAUUAGCAUUACAAAGCGCAGUGCUAAAAUGACGGCUGAGCUGGUGGGCUGGACAUCUGCGAGGGGGUCUGCGCUCACCUCCUUCCCAGAGCCAGAGACACACACACACACCGGGAUCAAGGAGGAGGACGGUCUGGCUGAGAUGGAUUUUGGAAUGGAUAUUACACUUGCAAGCUGAAGGAUGAAGACAGUGUAAGUGCAUAUAGAUAAUAUGAGAUAGAUAUACAGAUGCAAUUCCACAGCACAGUCCAAACAAGUAUGGAUGCUAGGACUCGAACUGUGGAAGAUCGUCACAUGGCAAGCAGCACAAGGCAACGCUACAAAUACACCUAUGUGAAGAUGUCCCCGGUGUUCUUUGGAGUGAUUUUGGCUAAUGCAGUGUUUAAAGGUAUGUGUGAACCAACUCAAUCAUGGUCAGACAGAGCAGAAAGAGGAUUUUUGGAUCUCAACCUGUUGCAGAUGUGCCAGACUCUAACCUUCUGAUCCAGAAGGAUGCAGUGUAUCAUCUUGUGAACACAUCGUUCACUUUCGAACAAGCUCUGCGUUACUGCCGUGGUCAGUCCAGUGGCCUCACAACCUCAGGGGUCAAAGAGGACGAGGAGGGGGCCCGGAAGUUACUCUCUAAAUCCAGCCUGCAGGGCCCAAUUUGGUUUGAAACCAACAAGAAACAGAACCCGACACCUCAUCUGGCCCUUCCCAAACAAAAAACGAUCCUCAGAGGAUUAUCUUUCACGUCUAAGGACGGCUAUGCGCGUGUGAACGCGUCUUUCCCGCCGCUGUCCGCGGUGAGCGUUUGCUUGCGCGUGCAGUGGGACCCGCGGCAAAAUGAUGUGUCCACGGUGUUCUCGUACGCAGCGCGCGCUUUCGUCAAUGAAUUCCAGCUGCGCGGAAAGACAGACAACAGAAAAGUCCGGCUAGCGCUUCUCAUUCAAGGACAGCAUCAUCGGCACAAAGCCGAGCUGCCCGUUGAUGGAGAGUGGCACCAUGUUUGCGUCACGUGGCGCUCGAGCGAUGGAUUUUGGGCCAUUUACGUGGACGGGGAAACGGGAGAUUCAGAGAAAGGGAAAGCUCGGGGAAAUGGAAAGGAUAUCCACGGAGAUGGGAUAUUUAUACUGGGCCAAGACCAGGAUACUUUUGGUGGGAAUUUCACGGAGCCGUUUUUUGGAAACUUGACUGAUCUGAGCAUCUGGGGUGGAGCUCUGGAGUUAGAACACGUGACGGCGCUGCGCACCUGCUCACAGCUGACCAAUCACAGAGCCUUAUUCAGAUGGCAGGACUGGAGCCUCACUGUCCACCAGUCUGUCCAGAAUGUGUCUGCUACACUCACCUGUCCAGGGUCCCUGAAGACAAGACAGAAACAGGAAAAGGAGUGUGAGGUUUUUAAUAACUGGUCUGACCGUCAGCCUCAGUACAGCACUGCCCCCUGCACACACACACUUCCCUUCAUCUGCAGAGUCAACAAAGACCAUUAUCUGAAGAUGAAGGACUUGAAAGAAUCUCUGACGUCCAACCCAACCUCCUUCAUGCAAAGUCUCAUGCAGUAUGGCGUGACCGCAGACGAUGUGCUCUCUGAUGCUGUAGAUGGGCAGAGCUGGACCUCGGUGUCCCGUCUGUUGAGCGUGUCUGAGCAGGUUGUUCUGAAGGAGCAGAAGCAGCUGGAGGACAGGGACAUGGUCUCUCUGAUGCAUGUUCUCUCUCGGGCCGCUGACCUGCCCAGCACCGCCAACCAUAGCCGGCGUGAUGCAGAGAGGCUCGGCCAGAGCUUCAUCACCAUUGCAGAUUCACUCAUCAGCCAAGACAAUGUCAGUAAAUGGAACAGCAUCAAAGAGGUAGUGAAGGGCCCAAUGGCAGUCAUGCAGACUGUCGACCGCAUGGUGAGCAACCUUAACUCUCUACUGAUGGACAACACAGACAGUGUGCAGAUACACAGCAACAAUAUCAAGCUGCAGGUCCAGCAGAAGCUGCUGUCUGAAGGUGCUCACGUUUCUGCGUUUUGUGGGUUGGAUGUGGGAAAUCAUGACUGCAUCUCUGUCCCAGCUGAAAACAUGAAGGAACUACAGAACAAUGGCUUCGAAAAGGUGACUUUGCUGUAUACAUGGUACAGCUCUGUGAAAUGCUUCUCAGAGAGAGAGGAGAACAUUACCCUUUUUCCUAUUGUCAGUGAUGGAUCUCAUAGGCAUGUGCGAACCGUCUUGGGCUCAUCGGUCAUCUCCAGUACAGUGCUGGCAGAUGGACAGCCGAUCAGCAUGGCCAUAAACUUCACACUCCAGCACAAGAUUCAGAACAGUUCACUGAAUUUGACACCUAUCUGUUCUUUUUGGGACUUUGACCUGAUGCCAGAGGGGGGAGGGUGGUCAACAAAGGGCUGCACCUCUAUUUCCACGAAGAAUAACUCAACUUCCUGUUCCUGUAACCACACUACCAACUUUGCCUUGCUGUUACAGAUCUCUGAAGUUCAGCUAAAUCCCGAUCAUGAGACAGGCCUGCAGAUCUUCAGUUUGAUUGGCUCUGGUGUGUCUCUGUGUGGUCUCAUCUUCACAUUUAUUCUCUUUGUGGCUGUUGGUGUUCCAAAGUCAGAUCGGACUACAGUUCACAAAAACCUGAUCGUGGCGCUGGCUGUAGCUCAGUUACUUUUGAUUUUCAGCAACUGGGCUGAGGGAAACCAGGAAGCCUGUUGGCUGGUGACGGCGCUUCUGCAUCUGUUUUUCCUGUCGUCUUUCUGCUGGAUGCUGGUGGAGGGCUUGCUGCUCUGGAGUAAAGUGGUCUCUGUGAACAUUAGUGAGGAGAGGCGGAUGAAGCUGUACUAUGUGCUGGGCUGGGGGCUGCCGGUUGUUAUAGUCGCAGUAACCUUGGCAGCCACUUUGGAUCAGUACAAAGCACAGCGGUACUGCUGGCUGAACCUUCAGUCGCACGUUAUUUGGGCUUUUGCAGGGCCUGUGCUCUUUGUUUUGGCCGUCAACGCUGUGGUGCUUUUUCGGGUUGUAAUGGUCACAGUGGCCAGUGCACGUCGCAGAGCCAAAAUGCUGACCCCCAGUUCUGAUUCGAAACUUCACACGCUGGAUCUUACCUGGGCAGCGACGAGGCCAGUAUUGAUCCUGUUACCAGUGUUAGGUCUGACCUGGCUGUGUGGAGUGCUGGUGCAUUUAUCUGUUUUUGUGGCCUAUGUGUUCAUCACACUCAAUGCUUUUCAGGGCCUGUAUAUUUUUCUGGUGUAUGCGGUUUACAACAGUGAGGUGCGAAACGCUAUAAGAAGAAUUCAGGACAAGCGAAAAGCUUUGUCUUUUACAAACUGCUCACAGCCUAUCAGCUUCUUGCCCUCCCAGAAAUCUCCCAGUGCAUCAUGGGUACACAGCCUGCCGACUCAUUCCAGCCCAGAGAGCAGCGAGAGCUCGACUCCCAUCACCACUUCCACAGCCAACUCCCUCGUCUUUAAGAACGAACGGUUUAAAGAGGACCAUAUUGUGAACUUCCCAUUAAAACCAGCCAACAUAAGUCAGGUGGUUCAGCUGACAGCCUUUAAGCCCUCAGGCUGUUGAGAGGAAAACCACACUACAGUUCUGCACGGACUCGUGACUUAUCCUGGGAUGAAGACGUAGCUCGCUCUGUGGAGGAGCGAACACUGCCUCCUCCGCAAUCCUGCAGGCCGUCUCAUUCCCAGGGCUCAGUCUGUGUUGAGUGAGUAAAGGUUUUCUGAUAAACAUGAAACGACUCUUUCAGCAAAUGUUCAAUGAGACUGCGCUCAGCACGGCGCGUGUGUAUAUGGUCAUCAUUUUAUAAUGUAUAGAUGUUGUCAGCGCACAGAGGCUCACAGUACUAAAAAUGGACAACCUGAGCAUCAUCACACCAUUAAUCGUGACCAGACAACAGAAUGAGUUGUUAGUGAUUUUCGACUUCAUCUGUUGAGAUUUACAUUCAGUAUUUUGCCAAAUAAGAAAACUGUGGACAAUGAAACCUAUCAGCUGUUUGAUCUAUAUAGAAGUAUCUAUAUAUCAUUUCAAUAACACAUUAUUUAAUUUUUAUAAAAAAAGUCUAGUGCUCAAAAUAGCAAGCAUGUGAAGAUUAUCUUAUCAUGACAGCAUUUAUUUUUAAUGGUUUGUUUUUGGUUUAUUCAUGCUGUAAUGUACUACCCAAUUGAAAUAACGCAAAAAUGUAAAAAAAGAAUUUUAUUGUAAUAGGCAUUCCCUAUUUUUAUACAAUGCAUAUAAAAUGCAUUAUGUAUUACUUUUUUACUCCCACUAUUAAAACUAAUUUGUUUGUUUUGAUGUGGAAAGUGUGUAUCUCUGUAGUCAUUAAUGAAUACAGAUUUUUUUCAAAUGAUACUCUUGAUUAGAAUAAAAAUGAAUGGAAAAAUAAUUGGUUCAA